UCUGGACAGUAUUGGUUACAGCAUGUCCAGGGUCAGAAGGAUACAAGCUCCGGGUCCCUGACAUUGCUGGCAAGGGUCCACACUACACCACUUGAGAAUUACCAGCCCCUGAUGGAUAGAAGUAACAUAAACCUUUUUACAGCAACCCUUUUUCCUUGGGACAGGUGUUGGGUGAGGACUACUCUUAGCUUCUAGAGCCCACCUGUGUGCCUUGGCUCGAGAAAUCCUUGUCUCCAAAGUCACCAAGACUCUGAGAUCCUUCCCUGUUCAGCAGUCGCCGUGGCCCGGUGCCUGGCACACACCUGCUCACAGUGGCCUCAGAAGUUGCUCUUUGAGAGAUGAUGGAGUAGGAGUGGACAGUGAACCUACUUCUCAGGACUAAAUCCACCACCGGGGCAUUCGUUAAGCACUCUGUCACUGAAUAAUUGUUUCAUGUGACUCUGCGGAUAUCACAAUGAGAAGUCAAGGAGGCGUCACCCUGCUCAGGCUCCUGCUCAUCCUGGCUGCUCUCUGCUGCACAGGUUUCAGCCUGAAGUGCUACGAGUGCCUUAAGAAAACUGCUACAUGCAGUGAAACUAAAUUGUGCACACCAAACCUCGAUGCGUGCCUCAUUGCUCAGUCUGGGGAUCGAGUAUAUCGCCAAUGCUGGAGGGACGCUGACUGCCAUCUGCGAUUCCUUAAAGAGAGAUUGGACGAGAACAAGGUAUUGUACAGGUGUUGCCAGAAGAAUCUGUGUAAUGCAGAACUGGAUGAUACAGAAGAGGAUGGAGCAGCUGCCUUAUCAGGGAAAACAGUGCUUCUGGUGACCCCGUUUCUGACCUCGGUCUGGAAUCUUUGCUUCUAAGUCAGCUCCAGGAAGGAUUUGUUCAAAUUUUGCCCUUGUUUUUCUAUCUCCUUGUUGCUGUUCUCUAAAGUCUUUAUCUGUUUCC